UAGGGAAUGCCCACUCCCUCGUCACAUGGCAAUCUCAACGCUAUCUUAGCGUACUAUUCUGCAUCUUGUCGCCUUCUGUAGCAUUUUGGUAUAAAUAAGAUGAGUUUUGAAGCUUUUUGAUCAUCCCAAACUUCGAAUAUAUACCAAGUAAAAGGAGAGAAAAAAACAGAGGAAACAGAUGGCAAGUUAUUCUGCAAAUAACAGAUCCAUCAGUUUGCCAAGCAGAUCACAUCCAGCAACUGAGAAAAUUGAAGAGGAGUUCAGCAAGUACAAGACUUGGGAAAAUUCAGCCUCACCAAUUGCAGAAGCUGUUUACAAUGGUUUACUUAGUUUGGGAGAGGUGCAUAAACGCAUGAGUGAUCUUCUCAACUUGCCCCUGACUCUUCAAGCCCUUUCCAAGUGCCAAGAUAAAAAAUGGGUCGAUGAAAUCUUGGAUAAAUUUAUGAGAUUUCUCGAUAUAUGUGAGACAACAAGGGAGCUGGUGUCACAGUUUAAAGAAAAUGUUAAGGAUGUUCUGUCCUUACUGAGGAGGAGAAAAGGAGAUUUGAGCAUCACCAACUACACUUCGUUUAGGAAGAAGAUGAAAAAAGAUGCCAAAAACUUAGUUACAAUUUUAAAGAAAAUGGAUCAUGAGGUGGUGGUUGCUGUAAUGGAAGCUGAUCAAUUUAUCUCAGCUGUUAUCAGAGUGCUAAGAGAAGUUAGUACAAUGGGAAUUUCAGUAUUCCAAAUGGUGUUGGUUUUCUUGUCAGCCCCAAUCUCCAAGCCAAUUAACAAAUGGUCUUUGGUUUCAAGAUUGGUAAACAAAGGAGAUCAAGACAAUGUAAAUGAGAUAGAAAGUGCUGAUUUUGCAUUAAACAACCUUUUCAAGUAUGGUUGUAAUGAAGUGGAGAAAAUCCAGUUUGCACAGAACAGAUUGGAAAAUCUGGAAGGUCAUUUUGAAUGCAUUGAGGAUGGCCUGGACAACAUAUUUAGAUGCUUGAUCAGAUCAAGGAGCACACUACUAAAUGUUGUCUCUUGCCAAUGAAAAUAGUACUCUACUCUUGUCUUUUAUUGCAUAAGCAUCCAAAUAUUUUAGAAUAUGCUUAUGGAAUCCUUGCUAUAAAGGAACAAUUUUGUAAUUACACAUACAGCAAUAUAUAUAUAUAUAUACCUAUA